CAAAGUCCAAUCCAAAGUGGAAAGAACGGCGCAGAAGAUCCCAUAGGUUAUCAAACAGUUGAAUCCCAUCGAUUUAACAUCAUGUACGGGAACCGCUCUCUCUCUGUGCGCCAGAACCGCAGCUCCGGGGGCCGACCGGCGUCCAGCGGCGGCAGCCGGCAUGGUUUCUCGCUGUCGUCGCUGCGGGGCAGCGUCCAGCCGGAGCUCUCGAAGCGGCUGUUCCGGCUGAUCAAGUCGGAGAACAACCUGAUCAACGCGCACCAGGCGGCGGCGCGGGAGCGCACCUCGAUCGCGACGCAGCUGUCUGAGUGGGGCGAGCAGACGGGUGACGAGGCCGUCAGCGACGUCAGCGACAAGGUCGGCGUCGUGCUGUCCGAGAUUGGCGAGCAGGAGGACACGUACGCCCACGCCCUCGACGACAGCCGCGGCACCCUCAAGGCCAUCCGGAACAUUGAGAAGAGCGUCCAGCCCAGCCGCGACAACAAGGCCAAGAUCACCGACGAGAUCGCUAAGCUCAAGUCCAAGGAGCCCGAGAGCACCAGGCUAGUGGUCCUCGAGCAGGAGUUGGUGAGGGCCGAGGCCGAGAACUUGGUCGCCGAGGCACAGUUGUCCAAUGUGACCCGCCAGAAGCUCAGGGAAUCCUACGACGUCGAGUUCGCGGCGAUUAUCGAGCGCGCCGAGAAGCAGAUCAUCCUGGCUCGCCACGGGCAACGUCUGUUGAAGCUCCUCGACAUCAGCCCCUCCGUGCCAGGCGACUCCCGGCCGGCGUACGAGGGCGGAGCGCAGGCCCGGCAGAUCCUUAACGAUGCCGAGGACGACCUCCGGGAGUGGCGCCCGGAGCCGACCGACGAGGAUGCCGCCACCGUCGCCGCCACCGCUCGAGACUCGCGCCAGGAGCGAGAGCCGGAGCUGGGGCAGGGGCAAGGGCAGGUCGGCCUGGCGGCCGGCACCUACAGCAGCAAGGAGGGCAGCCGGCGCGACUCGGGAUACGCCCCGCGCGGCGGCCAGAACUACGACCCCAACCAAGACUACGAGGACGGGAGCCGGGCCUACGACUACGGCGCGGACCCCAGCGCGCAGGGCGCAUCGAGCCAAAUGAUGUCCGGCGGCGCCAGGCCCGUGGAGGAGCGGGAGGGGCGGGGGGAGGUUGUGUUUUAUGAGUUAUGGAUAAGGGUUUUCAUGGUCAUUCAUUCUCACUCGCUUCGGAAAAUAAGACGAGGGAAAUAGGGGAACCCAAAAAUUGAGGGGGUAGUCAUUCGCAUAUGGGUGGACGGGAGGGGCCAGCAACAGGUCAUAAGGAU